UUCUUAUAAGACACUUUAGAGUGCGUGGCUGCUCUGUCAAACUACGAUAAGAGAAAAGUCUUUUUGCAAAGUGAAAAAAGACCUUUCAGUGCGUGUUAAGGUGGACCGAAUUACUUAAGUGCACAUCGUUUACAGUCGUUUUCAAAACUCUCUGUUUUCCGUCAUGUUUGCAGGCGAGGGCUGCGCCGAGAAGCCGCUGUCGACGCUGUGGAAGAACUACACGGCGUCCAACAAGCCCGACGUCAACAUGAAGGUGGCGGUGACGAGGAGCGGGCUCAAGGCCACGACGCGCGAGCACGGCCUCACCGAGUACUGGAGCCACCGCAUCACCCACUGCGCCGCGCCCGCCGCCUUCCCGAGGGUCUUCUGCUGGGUGUACCGCCACGAGGGCCGCAAGCUGAAGCAGGAGCUGCGCUGCCACGCGGUGCUGUGCGCGCGCGAGGACCAGGCGCGCCGCAUGGCGCAGCAGCUCACCGAGCGGCUGGCGCUGGCGCUGCUCGAGUUCCGGAGGGACAAGCAGAGCCGUGAGCAGGCGCGCCUGUCGCUGGCCAACGCCCUCCACGACAACCCCUCGCUGCCGCAGCGCAAGCUGCUCCUGUCGACGGGCGCGUCCAACUACCGACCGCCGCUCGAGCGCUCCAAGUCGGCGCCCAAGCUCAGCUCCAUCGAGGAGGUCGCCGAGGAGGACGAGGCCGGCGGCGUGCUCGUGUUCGGCCACCCCCACGCCGUGGCGCGCUUCCUGCGCGAGGAGCGCCUCGCGGGCGCGCGGCGCCAGCGCUUCCGCGAGAGCCUGCGCCGCAAGAUCGCCGCCCGGCUGUCCGAGGAGGCCGAGGAGCCCGAGGACCCCUUUCGCGAGGACCCCCGCCGCGAGACGCUCACCGUCGUCAGGGUCAACUCGAUCGAGGAGGUGCCUGACCCAGACCCGGCGCCCCCCGGCGCGCGGGAGCCCCCUCUGCCCCUGCACCACCACCAGCCCCCUGCAGGGGUUCCCGCCGGCCCCGCCGGCCCUAAGGCGCGCACCUACCUCCUGGACGCCGAGGACACCGCCGAGAGUGACGAGGGCUCCAGUAGUCUGCAGAGCAUCUCCUCGGACGGCACCACCUCCUUGACACACUCGCACAGCCGCACCGACUCCGGCGAGGACUUCUGCCUGGGUGCGGACGCGCUCAAGACGUCGCAGCACCUCCCCGACCACGACGACGGCAUGGUUUCGUCCUGGGAGGGCGCGGCUCUGGCCAUGGCGCUCGCAGGACGUGCUGAGCGGGAUGUCCUAGCAGAGGGGGACGACUUUGACGACAACGUGAGCGACGAGAGCGGCUACGUAGAGGCGCCGUCAGAGGCCAGCGAGGCCCUGCACCACCACGCAUUGGCUCUAAGGGUGAACCACAGGGUCGACCGGAGGGUCGACCGGAGAGUCAGAGUGGACCAUAUGGUGGAUCACAGGUUGGACCACAGGGUGGAGCACUCCUUAGCCAAAGCGUGCGCUGAGGCAUGCUCUCUUCGUCAGGGCCUACAAGUCUGAUGACUGUGGUCGUGAAGACAGUGUCUGACAGUGAGAAAAAAACGAGUCUUAGGAGGUCCCAAGGGUAUACUCGAUACCCUGCAGUUGGAAUUUGCAUACUUUUUAAAAGUAAGUAUUUUUAUUUUCCCAACUAUAUGAUGUGUGACCCAUUUCAUAUCUUUAAUUUUUAAAACAGCAAAGUUGGUUACUCUCAAAAGGGACUAGUCACUCAAGUUUUUCACUGUAAUUCACUAAUUUU